AUAAUACUCUAAUUCGUCAUUAGCAAAGAUGAACUUUUUCCAAUCAUGCAAGGACUUGCUUCUGCAAAACAAGGUGGCUCAAGAACUUCAAAGCAGAUGAGUGUCCAACUAUGUCGUCUUCGAGGACUCUCAAGUUGAGCAGAUGUACCAUGAACAUAGGCUCAAAACAAUUCGAGCUAAUUGGAGGUUUAUCCUUUUAAUACUAAAGGUCAAAUUCUUCCUAAUAUCAGUUGUUUUCCAAUUGACGACUGAAGAUGGCCUUAUCCUCAAGAAAUUGAGCCCUGUGAUGAUGUUCCUCCUGCUUUUUGUGUUCAAAUAUUUUAUCCAGAAAAAUGACUUUGUAGCCAGGUAUGGAGCCAUAUUCUUAAUUCUCUGGUUCGGAUUCGUGAUGACUUGAGUGAACCUACAGUUCCCCCAAUUUCGGCUAUAUGAAGGAUUCUUAUUCCAUAUUUCUGUGUCCUUUCUGCUGUCGACAUGAGUAGUCACAGACUGGAGGAUAUCCUCAGCUGCUAUCAUGCUAGUAUACUGCAACUUAUACAUUCUGUUAAAGCUCAAGUUCGAUCAUGUUCCAGCUCUGGUGCUUCAUGUACUUCUGUUUUCAUUGACAAUAUUUCUCUUCAAUGCUUUCUUAAUUUCGCAGACAUUUAAGCAGGAGUUUAUGGCGACUUAUACAGCAAAGAGGGCUUCUUCACAGAUGAAGAAGGUCCUCCAAGUUUUGCCCGAAGGAGUAAUCAUCAUUGAUGAGCAAGGGGAGGACCUCAAGUUCAUCAACAAGAAGCUGAAGCAGACUUUCGAUGUAACUGAAUUUUACCAAGACUGAAAGGUGACUGAAGAAUUGGUCAAAGCCAAGCAGAUGAUCGACCAGUUAUUUGACCAGAUCUGUAAUAGAAUGGACACUGGCACUUCCAAGGCAGAAGAUUCUCGUGUUCUUGAAGACAAUAUUUUGACCAAUUUUAUAAUCAAAGUCAAGAAAGAGAAGAUUGAAGAAGGCAAAGGAGCUGAUUUGGAUGACAUAAAGGAGGAGUAUAAAUAUAUACCAUUAGCAAGCUUUCUACGUGAUGAAAGAGAAUUAGCCAAAGAUAUUGCGAAUAAUGAAAGGAGUACUAAAGCUUGUAUUUGUUACAAAAAUGCUCCUAUUUGUAAAGAAAUGGAGUACCUCACAAGAGAUUUUAUUGUCAAGACUUCUAAAAUUGAGGAAGCAAAUAAUCGUGGAAAUAAACCUAAUUUUCUCCAAAUGUUCAUUGAUACCACUCAAAUAACACAGCUCGAAAAUGAGAAAGCUCAAAGCAAAUAUCAGAGACAGAUGCUUUCCAACGUAUCACAUGAGUUUAGAACCCCAUUGAACGCGAUGUCUUUGUCAUUGCACCUGAUGAAGCCUUACAUCAAUGAAGACCUAGAAAAGUUCCACAGAAUAGCAAAUUCUUCAUGAGAUAUUCUCAAAGGACUUGUUGAAGACAUUCUCGAUUUCUCAAAAAUAGAAGCAGGGGUCUUCGAAAUCCAGGAGUCGGUAUUCAUUUUCAAGCAGCUCUUCGAUGAGGUCAACUCCAUCUUCGAGAUGCAGACCAAGAUGAAGGGAAUAGAAUUGGAAUUCAAGAUGGAAGAUGUCUUUCAAGACCUUGAAAUCAAAUCAGAUAAAGAAAGGCUUAAACAGAUCCUAUUAAAUCUAUUAUCCAAUUCUCUCAAGUUCACAGACCGAGGAUCUAUCGAUGUAAGCCUCAAGAUCCAAGCGAUGACAGAAAUUACUGAUGAACAAACAAAUUGGAAUGAAGAAAUUCAGAUUAUUGAUUCAGACACUUUUGAAGAAAUGCCAGUGUGCAACCUUCUUCUUGCAACCAAUAACUAUAAUUUCAAAUCAAACCCUUCAAAACUUUCAGAAGAAGUAGGAAGUCUCCAAAGGAGUCACAAGUUAUCCAAAAGGCUUCAGCAAGAAGACUCAGAAGGCAGAAGACUAUCUGAUUUUACCAAGGAGUUGAAGCUAGAACUGACUGUAACUGACACCGGUCUCGGCAUCCCUAAAAAGGACUUGCCUUCUUUGUUCAAGCUGUUCGGGAAGACCAGCUCCAACCACAACAGAAACAAGACUGGGACUGGCCUCGGCCUGACCAUCUGCAAGAUGCUGUGUGAGAAACUGGGAGGCAGAAUCCAGUUGAAAUCGAAACCAGGGAUUGGAACAACGGUGGCAUGCAUCUUCACAUGCUUUUACUAAUUAAGAAUAUUUGGUUUAUUAUUUAGUUCAA